AUAUCAUAUAUGGCGGGGAUUUGGUUAGGAUAAGGUGAAUAGCCAUUGCCUUAUUCAUUCUGUGAUACUACACUUUCUCCAAACUCAACCCAUGAAUCUCCAACUACAACUGCAACAACAACCGACAACACCAUCCUCAUUAUCAAUGACAACAUUUUCAACUGAAUUCUUGUCGCACACUCUCAAUUUCAGAAGCCACCCAAACCGCACUUCUUGCCAUUCAAAUCCCAACACUAUCGUCACUUCCUCAACCCCACUUCCAAACGAAGGUAACACUAACAAGCGAAGAGUAAGAAUCAACCAAGAGCAAAUCAGGGUCAACGAAACAAGGCCAAAACUUGAUCAAAAUUACGACUUUCGAGACACUAAUUUAAUUAAAGCUCUCAACAGGUCUUGCAGAUCAGCUAACUACGACGAAGCUCUCUCUUUUCUUAAGCACAUGGUUAAUAGGGGUUAUAAACCUAAUGUUAUUCUUUGCACAAAAUUGAUUAAGGGUUUUUUCAAUUCUAAGAAAAUCGAGAAAGCUAUUCAGGUUAUGCAGAUUUUGGAAAAGCACGGCGAGCCUGAUGUUUUAGCUUAUAAUGCAGUUAUAAAUGGGCUUUAUAAAGCCAAUAGAAUUGAUGCUGCCAAUAAGGUGCUUGAUAGAAUGAAAAAGAGAGGCUUUUUACCUGAUGUGGGUACUUAUAAUAUUCUGCUGAGGAGUCUUUUGUCUGAAGGUAAAUGGGAAGCUGGGGAGAGUUUGAUAUCUGAUAUGUUGGAUAAAGGUUGUGAGCCGUGUGCUGUAACAUACAGCACGAUGAUUAGUUUCCUUUGUCGUGAUGGUAAAAUUGACGAGGCCGAGAAUGUGUUGAAGGGUAUGAAGAAGAGAGGUUUGGCUCCUGAUGUUUAUUGUUAUGAUCCAUUGAUUUCUGCCUUUUGCAAAGAAGGAAAAGUAAAUUUGGCUAUAGAGUUUGUGGAUGACAUGAUAUCAGAUGGUUGUUUGCCUGAUAUUGUUUGCUAUCACUCGAUCUUGGCUUCUCUGUGUAAGAAAGGACAUGCUGACGAGGCAUUGAACAUCUUUGAGAAGCUCGGCGAAGUGGGUUGUUCUCCAAAUGCAACUUCUUAUAAUACAUUGUUUGGUGCAUUGUGGAGUAGUGGCGAUAAAAUUAGAGCGUUGGGGAUGAUUUUGGAGAUGUUAAGCAAAGACAUUGAUCCUACCGAGAUCACGUAUAAUUCACUUAUUUCUUGCUUGUGCAGAGAUGGAUUGGUGGAUCAGGCAAUUGAGUUGUUGGUUGACAUGAUGGAGAGUCGCAAGUUUCAGCCUAAUGUUAUUAGUUACAAUGCUGUUAUUCUUGGAUUGUGCAAGGUGGAAAGAAUCAUAGAUGCUAUUGAGGUGCUUGCUGCUAUGAAUCUGAGAGGAUGCUUACCAAAUGAAAAAACCUACAUAUUGUUGAUUCAAGGGAUUGGUUAUGGUGGCUGGCGAUAUGACGCGAGGGAGUUGGCUAACUCACUUGUUAAUAUGGAUGCUAUUUCGGAGGAUUCAUUCAAACGUUUCAACAAAGCGUUUCCUGUGUAUGAUGUGCACAAAGAGCUUGCAAUAUCAGAAUGAACUAGUUUCCUGUGUUUGAUGUGCACAAAGAGCUUGCAAUAUCAGAAAUAACUAACUUCAUGGGCAUAAAAUUGAUUUAUCCAGGCCUGUCUUGUUAAUGAAUGGGGAGAGAACUUGGGAGGAGAUCAAGAGAUUUUAAUUAGAAAUGUGUUUGGUUUAUAAGGAGGAAGUGAUCAAUUUUAUUAAUAAGUUAUGUUUUUAUUAUUAUAAUAUUAUAUAAGUUGUAUGACAUUCACACAAAAAAUUGGUAAUAAAACAUGUAUAAAUAAUAAAACACAAAUUUUUUGA